GGAAAUGACUAAAAAAUAUAUUAUCACAAAUUGAAUAAUAGAAGAAUACGCGCAAUGUUAUCGGAGGCACUAUUAUGCAGAUUAUGCUGGUUAGUUGUGUUUCCUGAGAAUUUGGGAUGGGAAGAGAGGAAACUAUAUAGAUCCUAGAAAAAUUUCUAGACUAUAUUGGCUUGGUAAAAAUGCUACGAAAAUUAAAUUAUUGGAAUUGGAGAAUGUGUGUUCCAACAUUUCUGACCAGGAAGUGUGAAUGGCGAUAAGAAAAAGGGAAAAAAGGCGGGGAGAGAAUAAAUGUGUAUUUUUCUUGUACUCUUGUUCGGGCUGGAUCGCAUCUGAAAGUGCCAAGAUACUUUCCAAUAGAGCUUGAUUUCUCUGCUUCAUCGGCUAAAAUUGCGCAGCUCUCCAGUUGUCUGGAGAAGGUCAGAGCGGACGGAAUGGCUUCGAGUAAAACUGAGAAAGUCGGUGUAAUUGGGAGUGGUUUGAUUGGUGGCUCCUGGGCGAUGCUCUUUGCCUCUGUGGGCUACCAAGUUACCAUAUAUGAUAUCAUUCCUGACCAAGUGGACAAGGCACUCAAGCACAUUGAGGAUGAACUGAAGAAACUAGAGAAGAAUGGAUUGUUGAGAGGAAAAUUGACAGCAGCUCAGCAAUUUUCCUGUAUUCGUGGCUCUACAGAUCUGGCCACAACUCUCAAGGAUGCAAUCUUUGUGCAGGAGUGUGUUCCAGAGGUGCUUGAUCUCAAGUUGAAAGUUUACAAGGAAUUGGAUAAAUAUGUCGAUUCCCAGACAAUUCUAUCGAGUUCAACGAGUACUUUUAUGCCAUCCUUGUUCACCAAGGAUCUCAAGCAUCGUGAUCAGGUAAUUGUCUCCCAUCCCGUCAAUCCACCAUACUAUGUUCCUCUUGUGGAAAUUGUUCCGGCUCCCUGGACACGACCAGAAAUUGCUCAAAAGACUCGCUCCCUAAUGGAGGAAAUUGGCCAGAAACCAGUGUCAUUGAACAGAGAAAUUGAGGGAUUUGCUCUCAAUAGAAUCCAAUAUGCUAUUCUCAAUGAGGUUUGGCGUUUGGUAGCUGAUGGGAUUCUCAAUGUCAGAGACAUUGACAGUGUAAUGUCUGAUGGUUUGGGCAUGAGAUACGCCUUCCUGGGACCUCUAGAAACAGCUCAUCUUAAUGCUGAGGGCAUGGUGAGCUAUUGCGAUCGAUACAGCAAGACGAUGUAUGCUGUGAGUCAAACUAUGGGGCCAACUCCUAAGAUGGAAGGACCUCAAGUGGCUGAAGUGGCUAGGCAGCUGGAAGAGAUGUGUCCACUGGACAAAUUACCUGAAAGACGCGCAUGGAGGGAUGAUUGUCUCACCAAAUUGAGUAUUUUGAAGAAGCAACAAGAAAAGAAAAAUUAGAUUCUAAUAUCUUUUUUAUUAAUGUUGCAUUUUUGGAUUUUUUUCUUGCCAAAUAAAGGAAUAAAACGUAAAA